UGAUUUGUGAGUUUUUUGUUUGUUGGUUGCACGCACGUCGCAUUAUUUUUUAAAAUAGCGAUGUCAUUGAUGCAACUUUUAUUAAUUAUUCGUGUGUAAACAUUGAUUGGUUUGAAAGAGAUUAUAUCCCAGAAAGAGAUUAGGCACUAGUAACAUCGAUUAUAAUUAUUUCCCAUUUCUAAUUAAUCAGCGCCACUGUAUCUUAAUAUUUCACUAUUCUUCUAUUCCAUUUAUCACCUUGCGUUUUGAAAUAUCUGAAUACGGAAAAUGUACACCUCGCAGCCAGUAAAGGCGGAGCCAGAAGAGGAGGACGAGAAGACUGGGACUGAUCCCCUCAUGGUACUGCGACAUUUCACUGUGCAUCGAAAAGAGAUUGUCGAGACAGAGGAGUACCUUAUCUUUGAUAAGAUUGCCUACCUCAAGAAUGCCAAGACUAAUUUUCCUAUGAAGUCGUGGAAGAUAAACUCUGCAAAAAAGGAUGACAAUGACCCUUCCGAAUUGGACAAUAAGGGAGUAAAUGACGAAUUAGAUAGAAACAAGAAUGAUUACUACAACGUUGGGUCGCUCAAAUAUUUUUUGGAUAAUGUGGAUCUACUGCAUCCCACAUACGUUAGGCAAGCAGCGCAUGAUAUGAGCGAGAUGCCUUAUCUUCAAGUAGUGACCAGGGUGGAUCGGUUUCCACUGCUCGAAUACCUUCAAGGCCGUCGAACAAAAUGCGAAGGUGCUGACACAGUUGGUCCAAUACAACUCCCAAUACCAGCACCCAAACUCGAGAGACGUGAUUCUUGGAACGAAUGUAAUUCGCCACCUACCAAUAAUCCCAACGACCAAGCUACAAAUCCAUGCGUCGUCAAAAAGGAGCACAAUGAUGACUCCCUUCUUACCUGUCCGUCAAAUCGUGACAGUGUAUUAUAUGGGCACCAACUCCCUAAUCCUGUAGAGUUGUUUUCAGCAGACGCUUCGAAAAAUGUUACCAAGUCUCUGUCAGAACUGGAGAUAGUGCAAAAUAAGGUGCUUCCGAUACAGAAACCCGGCAUGGAAGAUGAGAAAAGAGUAGACUUGAAGAAUUCCAUUGUGGAUGCAAUUGGAUCUGAUAAAAUCUUGGAACUAAAAGCCAAGCGUCGUGCAGUAAAAGUGCAAAAAGUGAAGGGCGUAUCGGACAUGGAAUUAGACGAUGUCGGCACCAAUAAACCAUCGUUUGGGGGAACGCAGGAAUCUAAUAAUUUUUCUCAUGAGCGAGUUUAUUUGGAUCGAUCUUCCAUACUUCGUUCCAACAAGAUCAAUUUCCUUUCCAAUGUCACCAGCAUUCUGGAGAGCAUUAAAGCUAGGGAAGAAAGAGUGAAAAAGUUUGGCCCUGCAGCCCUGAUGGCGACUCCAAAAAAUAUUUCGCACACUACAGCUCCAACUUUCUCCGAACAACCGGUAGUGGAGACAGUCCCGUACAGCAGAUAUGACCAAGUGGCUAAACUUCCGUUGGAAACUGCUGAAUUUGGAAUUAACCCACUGGAAACAUUCAGCAAAGGCCUAGGAUUGGUUGCAGGAGUAAAGAAAACAAUGGCGAUGGUGGACAACAAAAAGAAGACGACGGCUCCACUGCCCCUUGCUACUCCUCCAGCCAAAAAAAUGCGGCAUGACCAUGCGACACCGAUUAUAAUUGUUCCGGAUUGUACUCCAUCCAUAUUAACAAUCCUCAAUGCUAAGGACAUGCUUGAAGAUGGCAUUUUCAUUCCCCAUGAGGAAAAGAAGUCUUUGGGGGCCAAGAAAAUGAAUGAGGUUCUCAUUCAUCGCUUGAAGCCAAAUAGCAAUGGAAAAAGCAUUCGCUACAAAAUUAUCUCAUUUCCAGAUAAAUUGACUUUGCAAGAUUGGGAUCGCGUUGUUGCUGUUUUUAUAACCGGAAAGGCUUGGCAAUUUAAAGGAUGGCCUUUCAAUGCUAAUCCAGUUGAGAUUUGUACACAACUCAACGCGUUCCACCUGAAAUAUGACGAUACAGAAGCAGAGACGAACAUCAAGCAGUGGCCAGUUAAGGUUAUGAACAUCAACCGUCGUCGUCGUCAUUUGGAUAAAGCUUGUACCGUUUUAUUUUGGUCAUCUGUUGAGGAAUUCAUUGCCAAGAACAAGCCUUUCCUGGAUUACUAAAUAUCAAACUUUUAAAAGAGUGACCAGAUAGAUAUUGCGUACAUGCAUUUAUCUAUGAAUACAGUUGUUAGAGUAACCUAUUGAUCUAAGAAAAUUAAUUUUACUUUAAUCGAAUCUUAUGUUAAUUCAUUAAUAGUACUUAGCGUUUACAAAUCACUUCGAUGAGGCUCCCGGGGGAGGGGGGGAGGAAAUCCACUUGGUUUGCAAAUAGUUCCCCUUAAUUACUGACAUUUGUUGUAAUAAUUGACGAUUUCAGCUAAUGAACUGAAUUAUGACAAAUUAGGAUAGUUUCUUCUUUUCAUUUCGCAGAUAUUUUAAUUUAAAGUUAUAUCUGACGUUAAAGAAUCUUUCAGUUUAGUGGGAUUUUCCAUCUGUUUAAGGUAAAUUCAUAAUUUAGGUAACGUGGUACGCCCACCCCACAAUGCUAUCCUUUACAUUACCAGACAUUUAUGAACGUGUGUUAAAUAGCCACGUAUGUUAGAAAUGAUUUGUGCAAAUUAAUAAAAUGUUUAAAAUUAUUUAAAUGAUUAAUGCUACGACGUUAUCCUAUCCUAUCGAUUACAAAAUGCACAUUAACUCUUAUUUGACUACUCUUACAAAGUUAUAUUCUUCCGGUAAAAAGACUGAAUAAAAUGUUUUAUUACGUAA